CAGCACACUUGUAGUCCAGAAUUGUUACCAACGUUGGCCCGAUCAGCCAUUCUCGAGAAAGAAAUUGAAUGAAAAGCACCUUUAUUCUAGUUAACCUUCCGUAACCUGCAGUAGGAUGAACCGAACUAGAAGACAAACUGUACACCGUCUCCUGGUGACAUGGAUAGCUCUCCAGACGCUUUCCAUGGGUUGUCCUCUAUCACACCCACCGCCGGUACCAGCAACGCCAUCGGUCUGCCACAACCAGUGCCCUUCAGGUUGGAACUACUUGGACAAAUCUUGCUACAUCCUCGUUGGGGAACCGCUACCUUGGCCAGACGCAGAAUUACGUUGCCAUGACCUUGUCGUAGCAGCCUGCGGACAUGGUGUGAUGGGGCACCUGGCUUCGAUAUACGGGGACGCAGAGAACAAUUUCGUUCAUUGCCUUUGGAAGCGCAUGGGCCGUGGGGAUAUGGCUAUAGAUGGUAUAUACUGGAUUGGUCUCACCAAACAAUCAGGUCACUUGUACUGGACGGAUGGCUCCCUUCCUCUUUACCAUCAAUGGGAUUCCGGCGUCCAAGAAACUGUCGACAGUAAAGAUGGUUUCUGUACAUAUGUGUCUGGUCGAGGAAUCAGCCAGAAGAAAUGGAACACUACAGACUGUGAGCACCCAGUGAAUAGGGUUAACGGUCUACCGUUUGCCUGUGAGUUUGUCCAAGCUCCAAACCAACCUGUGAAUCAGCCCGAACCUGUGAGAGCUCCUGGACCUGUAUAAAUCUAUCCUCGGGUUGGAAUAGGGAAGGAGGCUUUUCAUAAAGAGUUAAGAUCGACGUGUUAAAACACAACAAGCGAAACCGUCUUCAGACCAGCCAAAGUUGUUGCGUUGGAUUUGUGAUGAGUGACUCUAAAUAUAAUAUACAUGAUGGAGUAAGCCUAUGAUUUAAACUCUCUUCUUAUAACUGUAUAAUAAGAAUGUUGCUGUCCGAUUGGUAAAUUGCAAUUUACGAGUCAUGGUUAGUUGUAGUUCAGCAGAAAGUAGUCUGCGUUGAUCUGUUAUAUAUUCACAACGAUUAUUGACAUUGUUAUGAUUAUUAAUAAAUUAAGUAAUUCAUCUUCUUUUCAUUUAAUGAUUUAAAGUAAUGACCCGGUACAUCGGUGUUGACCGAAGCAAAAGAAAGUUCUAAGGACUUGUUUGAAUUGCACGCCAUUUCAAAUGAGGAUAUUUAAUCAGGACACCAAGAUUCAAAUCAUUAUCUCAGACAUAAUGUGCAUCACUUUCCUUGAAUAGUGUAAUAAUUGAACAAACUUCUCAAGCUUGCUUCCUUUUAACAGUCCAAGCGCCAUGUUGCUAUGCCCCGGGCGUUCAAUAACUAUUUCAAAGGCGCUUCGUUGUUGUAAUUCUUAUAAGUGCCCUCAAUAAUGUUAUUUGAAUGAUAAUUACCAUAUAGUUCAAAGUGGCAAUGAAUGAUAAUUAUGAGUAGAAAAUGAAAUAUAAUUGUAUAAAGGUAUCUGAAGGGAAAAAGCAAUGGUUAUAAAUGUUAAUUUAAUUUCCACGACAGUCCACUUUGUAUUCGUUAGAGCCAUAUGUUUUAAAAUCGGUCUAUCAGUUAAGAAAAAAAUCAUUUCGGAAAGACACAAGAAUUAGAUGUGUUAGCUGCCCUGACAUAGCGCUCUUAAAAGAUUAAUGACAGGUACAUUUUUCAACCUCGAGUAAAGCUUACGCUCCUGGCUAUAUCAAGAUAGUUUUAAUCGAGUUGCUAUUGAAAUACUGUGUGCGUGUAGGGGUAGACCAGUUUUCUUUUUUUCUUUUAACCCGGUGGCCUAUUUAUACAUCAUGCAAUAGAAGUUAGAAGCAAAUAGGAUUGAGUACCAGGGAUGGGGGAUUUAAUUCCCAGAAUAAAUCUUGCAUUUGCGAUUAGGUCAAUCAAAGCGAAGAGAGAUUAUAAGAUUAGCAUCGACUUGCAAUCAAGCUAACUGAUCCCUGAUCUUCCUCCUGGCAAGAAUACACCCACCAAGCAACUAGUUCUUUAUAUAUAACACCAUUGCAAUGCAUUCGGAGGGGGUGUGUUCAGCUGAUUCAACAUAUUGAUUAUAAUUACUACGCCCUCUAUAUCCAUGCGAUUGUUUGAAUAGAGAUAACCCCACCCCAUCCCUCCAUCUUAUUUGGUGGUUGACCUUGAAUUCAAGGUAACUUCUAGCUUAUUUUGCUAGCUCAUCCACUCUCUUUAAUAUUUCAUGGGGUUUAUUAAUCUAGGUGCGUUUCAUGUAAUUGAGGUUGUAAAUUUGUUUCAAGUAUUUAAUAUU